CUUGAGCUUUUUAGACUGAGAAUUGAGAUUGUGGAGCGUGUUUUCAUUGGAUGAAAUGACUUCUAGGUUUAAAGAUUUAGAACUCGGCCUUGAAAAUGGAGUCACAACUGUUGGAUCGGAUAAUAGAGUGUCUUUGUCCGGUGAUGCUUCGAAUUCCGGUAGUGUUUAUCAAGAGAAUUCGCGCUCGGUGAUGAGCGCGAAUGUGGAGACACAGCAGAGCAAAGAUGCUAAGGAGAACAAAUCAGUGAAGGAGAAACGUAAAAGCUUGGGUCAUAAGAAACCUCCUAGGCCACCGAGAGCCCCGUCGUUGGAUGCGGCCGACCAGAAACUAAUUAGGGAGAUUGCGGAGCUCGCAAGGUUGAAGCGUGAGAGAAUCGAACGGAUGAAAGCCUUGAAGAAAUUGAAAGCCGCUAAACCAACAUCUCCUAGCACUAGCAGCAACAUGUUUGCAAUGUUGUUCACCAUUGUAUUUUGUCUCGUCAUAAUGUUCCAAGGAAUGUGUUCCGGAGGCACUUCAGCAAGCUACCAAGGGUCUCCAUUGCCAGCAGGGGCAGCACAGCCACAGGGGGUUCCAAGUUCACAUCAGUUCUCCAUGAAUCCAUCCGCAGGCUUUCAAAAUCAACCGGAUUCCGAAUCUCCGAAUUUGGUGGAGCAGGUUGCAGGUUUAGAAGGUGAACACACGCUGAGAAGAUUUUCUGGAUAAAAGGUGCAAUGGAGUUUUAUUACCGUGUAAAUCUUUGGUGAUA